AUGGCGAGUAAACGAAAAUCAACAACUCCUUGCAUGGUGCUUGCAAGCGAGCACGAUCCUGAUGUAGAAAUGAAUUCCGACGCUGAGGAAGGUCCACCGUUGGUAACAAGCAUGGAGAAUCCUGCUCCAGAAAGCGCUGUGCCUGAGGGGGUGACAAAGGAUGGAGAUGCACUUGAACCUAAUGAUUCAGACAAUCAGCCAAGUAAAAUAGUUGAAGGUGGUUAUGAAUGUAAAUAUUGUUCAUUUCAAACUCCGGACUUAAAUAUGUUUACCUUUCAUGUAGAUUCUGAGCAUCCCAACGUUGUACUAAAUUCUUCCUAUUUUUGUGUGGAGUGUAAUUUUCUCACUAAACGGUAUGAUUCGCUUUCAGAGCACAACACGAAGCACCAUCCCGGGGAGGAGAACUUUAAGUUAACCAUGGUUAAACGCAACAACCAGACCAUUUUCGAACAGACUGUUAACGAUCUGACCUUUGAUGGCAGUUUUGUCCAAGAGGAGAACCAGGAACAGCCAGAGUCUAACUCUUCUGCGAUUUCAAUCAGUAAAACUCCAAUAAUGAAAAUAAUGAAGGAAAAAUCUGAGAAGAAAAGAAUCACUGUACCACAGAAUGCAGGAGAAGAUGAACCUGUAAAAACAAAUGCUACAAUUAUUACCCGCACCCAGGAGUUACCAAAUCCAGUUGUAGCGCCUGCUACUGUACUUCAGCCUGGGCUGGCACAGGUUAUCACAACUGUUCAAGCGCAGCAAAAUAUCCUUUCAAAAGUCUUAAUACCUGUCAACAGCAUUCCAACAUACAAUGCAGCAUUAGACAGCAAUUCUCUUCUGCUAACUAACUACAACAAGUUUCCAUACCCAACUGUUUCGGAGAUAUCCUUUCUUGCUGCUCAAACUAAAUGCACAGAGGAGCAAAUUAAAAUCUGGUUCUCAGCCCAGCGACUAAAACAUGGUGUUAGUUGGACACCAGAAGAAGUAGAAGAUGCACGAAGGAAGCAGUUUAAUGGCACGGUGCAUACCGUCCCUCAGACAAUAACUGUGAUUCCUGCACAUAUUUCAGCAGCCACUAAUGGCCUGCCUUCUAUUCUGCAAACGUGCCAAAUAGUUGGACAGCCUAGCCUUGUUCUCACCCAAGUUGCAGGAACAAAUGCACUACCAGUGACUACUCCAAUAGCACUGACCGUGGCUGGUGUCCCGAGUAAUGCACAUCUCCAUGCAAGCCAAAUUCCGCAGGUACAUCCUGUCACUGAAACAAAAAGAAUUGCUGCCAUCCCAAGUCCACAUCUCCCAAAGCAAGAGCCCACCUUGAUAGCCGAUAUUUUCGGUUUGCGUGCAAAGAAGACAAAAGAACAGUUAAACGCUCUAAAAAUGAGCUAUCUGAGGAACCAAUAUCCUCACAAUAGUGAAAUUGAACGACUUAUUAGAUUAACAGGCUUAACUAAAGGAGAAAUUAAAAAAUGGUUUAGUGACACUCGUGACCCUAGUGGUACCAUCAUUAUUGACUCUAGCGAUGAAAUAAGCGAAUCCCCAACCUCUGGAGUAAUAACUUCUCCGCGUAGGCAAAGUUGGAACCCAUUCCCAGAUUUUACUCCCCAGAAAUUCAAAGAAAAGACUGCGGAACAACUGCAGGCUCUUGAAGAAAGUUUCCUUGGCAGCUCAGUGCCAUCAGAUGAGGAGUUGGGUAAGUUAAGAGUUGUCACUAAACUUACGAAGCGAGAAAUUGAUGCCUGGUUUGCAGAAAAAAGGAAAUCGAUGGGAAUAAAAGAGGAUCCCGGUGUCUUCAAUGAGGGUCUAAACCAGGAAAUAAAAGAAGAAUUGGAUGAGGCUUUGGUUGCAGCAAAAAUGGCGAAAAAGACUCCUGAUCAGUUGACACUGCUUAAAAAUGCCUUUAUUCGUACACAAUGGCCAAAUCCAGCAGAAUAUGACCAGCUGGUACAAGAAACUGGACUGGCUAGAAGUGACAUUAUUGGGUGGUUUGGAGAUACCAGGUAUGCUGCUAAAAAUAAUCAUCUGAAGUGGUUCUAUGAGUAUCAAAUGUCCAAAACGACCAGUUCAACAGUUAUGAAUGGGCAAAGUAAUACACGUAGAAGGGGGAGAGGCAGACCCAGGGGUAGAGGACGCGGCAGGCCUAGAGGUCGGCCAAAAGGACGGAGGACGAACAGCUGGGAGAGGCCACCUCCACCAGUGAAGCAUAAGACUGGAAGAGCACUGCUGAAAGACUACUAUUUAAUGAAUAAAUAUCUCAAUGAGGAGGACUUGGACGAAUUGGUUUCCAAAUCUCAGAUGGGUUACGAGCAGGUGAGGGAGUGGUUUGCCGAGCGGAUGCAAAGAGAAGAUGCAGGUUUGGAUCCCUUUGUAGACGAUGAUGAAGAUGAUGAAAACCUGUUAGAUGAGUUGGAUGAUGAAGAAGAAAUUGAAUCUGAUGACAGCGACACUUGGGAGCCCCCAAAACAUGUCAAGCGCAGGCUUUCAAAAUUGGAGGAGAAUUGA